UACUGAAGCAACUUAAAACCCUAGAUCCUUCAUUUUCGUCGAACAAAAAGGCGCAGAGAGAGUAUAGAUUAACCCUAAAAAUGGUGUCAGGAUCAGGAAUUAUGGCCAAGAGAGUGGUGGUGGACGCCCGUCACCACAUGUUGGGUCGUCUGGCUUCCAUUGUUGCCAAGGAGCUUCUCAGUGGACAACGCGUUGUUGUUGUUCGUUGCGAAGAGAUCGCACUUUCUGGUGGUCUUGUUAGGCAGAAGAUGAAAUACCUUCGUUUUCUUCGUAAGAGGAUGAAUACCAAGCCGUCGCAUGGACCUAUCCACUUCCGUGCUCCUUCUAAAAUAUUCUGGCGUACUGUUAGAGGUAUGAUUCCUCACAAGACCAAGAGAGGAGCUGCUGCCUUGGCUAGGUUGAAAGUGUAUGAGGGUGUUCCCCCACCUUACGACAAGACCAAGAGGGUUGUUGUUCCUGAUGCUCUCAAGGUGCUGAGGCUGCAGAAGGGUCACAAAUACUGCUUGCUUGGUCGUUUAUCCAAGGAAGUCGGCUGGAACCACUAUGACACAAUAAGGGAGCUUGAGGAGAAGAGAAAGGCAAGAUCCCAGGAAUUGUACGAAAGAAAGAAGCAGCUUAACAGGCUGAGGGUGAAGGCCGAGAAGGCUGCUGAAGAGAAGCUCGGAGCUCAGCUUGAAAUUCUUGCGCCUGUCAAGUACUGAGCAGUGAGCAUUGUACUGUCGUUGUUUUUUGGAAGCUAGAUAAAUAGAAUUUGCAUUGUACUGCCGUUUUGUUUCCUUUUAAUCAUUUGUCAAGUUAUACUUGCAUCAUAGCUAUCUUAUGUGUUGAGUUUAAUAUGAAAAUUUUUGGGCACAAAUUAUUUCGUCAAAGGAGUUUUAAUAGCGUUUUAGUUGAA